AAGUGCAUGAGUAAAUUGUUUGUGGUUGAAGUAGCAAAUUAAGUCAAUCUCAUUGCACACUAUACGAAGUAUAAUGGCAUUGUUACGCAGUCUCUUUUCUCUUUUCACAAUUCUAACAAUUGUUGUCCUAAUCCAAGGGCAAAAUGAUUAUUGUAACAUUUGUCCAGAUCAUACAAUGUGUCGUUUCACUAACCCAAGACCAGUUUGUAAUGCAAGAGUAUCUUCUCUUACACCUGCACAAGAAUCCGAAAUUGUGAGAAUACAUAAUGAAUAUAGACAAAGAGUCGCUUCAGGCCAGGAAAGAAGAGGAAGGCCUGGACCACAACCACGAGCCAGAAAUAUGCCAAAUAUGGUUUGGGAUAGGGAAUUAGCAACCGUAGCACAAAGAUGGGCUAAUCAAUGCAAAUUUGAACAUGACACUUGCCGAAGAGUUCGACGUUUCAAUGUUGGUCAAAAUAUAGCUACAGCAUGGACAACGGGCUCGAAUCCUUCAUCAAUAAGAGAUUUAAUAACAAUGUGGUAUGAUGAGGUGGCACUAUUUAAUCGUAACGAAGUUGAACGAUAUGUAUUUAGAUUGGAAACUGGACAUUACACACAAAUGGUAUGGGCAACAAGUAUUAACAUUGGCUGUGGAUAUGUUAAUCACAUGGUUGGAAAUCGAAACACUGUUUUAUUAGUUUGCAAUUAUGGACCAGGGGGAAACAUCCGAGGAGGAAAAAUAUACGAAAUUGCUAAUUAGAAGAAUUUUAUUUUAAUGAAAUAUCUUUCUCAAAAAUUAAAAGAUGUAAUGUUUAACAAUUUUUGAUCAUUAAUUAAUGGUUAAAAAUUUGUCAAUUUCUAUUUAAUAAAAUAAAACCUUCGUUAAUAACACAAAAGAA